AUGUUCACCAAGCAGAAGGCCAGCGUGGAGCGGGCGUUGAACCAGCUCAUGGACAUCUACAAUGACAAGAAGGACUACAUCCCGGCUCUGCUCGCCAUGUCACAAGGUCUGAUCAUCCAGAAGCAGCAGACGAAGGCUCGAAAUCAGCUCAAGCGCAUCGCGGACCUAGCCAAGAAAGGUUACAAUCCCGAGUUCAUGGACGACUUCGAGCGGGCAUGGCUGCUCUUGGCGGAGAUCUACAUCCAGUCGGCAAAGUACGACCUUGCGAGCUCGCUUUGCCACUUGGCCAAGGACCACAAUCGCUCCUGCGGCAAGGCCUGGGAGCAGUUGGGUCUGAUAUAUGAGAAGGAGCAAGCCUACAAGGAUGCCGCCUCGCACUACGAGAAAGCCUGGGAGUUCUGCAACGAAGCAUCCCCCGCGGUGGGCUAUCGGCUUGCCUUCAACUAUCUUAAGGCAAAGCGAUAUGUGCCAGCCAUCAAUAUUUGCCAAAGCGUCUUGAAGAUCUCCGAGAACUACCCGAAGAUCAAGAAG